AUGGCAGAUAAGAUCGGCGUCGCUUUGAUUGGUAGUGGCAUUUUUGUCAAGGAGGAGCACCUUCCAGCUGUGCAGAAGUCUGAUGACCUGGAGCUUAAGGCGAUCUACUCGCGCUCCCUCAAGUCUGCAAAGGGCGUAUCGGAGGGCCUUUCCGACGUAGCGCUCUAUAGCGACGACAGCGAGCAAUCUUACAGUGAUCUCCUCAAGCGUGAUGAUGUACACGCCGUCAUUAUCGCUCUGCCCAUCCCCUACCAGCCCGACUUCAUUAAAAAGGCCCUCGAUGCAGGCAAGCACGUCCUCGCGGAGAAGCCUCUGGCCAAGGAUGUUGCGACGGGCAAGGAGCUUGUCAAGUAUUACCGCGACUUGGCCGGCAGCAGCAAGGUCACAUUUGGUGUCGCUGAGCAGUUCAGAUAUCUGAACUCCUACCUGCACGCAUCCCAGGAGAUAUCAAAGCUGGGGAAGGUCAUGGGUGUCCAGCAUCGCCUGCACAGCACCGUCAACCUAGGCGGCAAAUACAUCGAGACGCCAUGGCGAAAGGUGCCCGACUACCAAGGUGGCUUCUUGCUCGACGGCGGCGUACACCAAAUCGCUGCUCUGCGAUUGGUGCUCAAGGGUGGCGGUGUCAAGGUCAAGAGUGUUGCCGCACAGACGGCGCAGCUGAGGGAGUGGUUGCCGCCGGUGGAUACGGUCGAUGCCGCUCUCAAGCUGGACAACGGCGCCACGGGGUUCUUGAGUAUGAGUUUCGGUAGCCCUUUCGAAGAUGCAGAGCUUGCGGUAGCGUGCGAGAAGGGCACCGUUGCCGUGGAUCGAAACGGCGGCGUGGCGGUCAAGAAGGCUGGCGAAAAGGAGGGAAACACAGUCACGAAGAAUAACGAGGAGGGUGGCGUUGCAACAGAGGUUUGGGCAUGGGCCAAGAGCAUCAAGAGCGGUUCCCCAGACGAGCAGCAAAGCCCAGAAGAGGGACUUGCGGAUUUGGAGAUGCUGGAAGCGUUGUUGAAGAGUGGAGAGAAGAACGGUUCCCCCGUCGAGCUAGGACUGCAGAUUUGA